GUUGACCUAAAUGUUGUCGCUGCCGACAAUGAGAUGGCAGUGUUACGAUUUACUGGCACUUUAGUUAUGCUGCAUAUUGAAGUAUGAAGUAAACAAACAAAGAACAACCGUUCUUUAUGACUAACGAACGCGAGAAAAGAGGAGGGUAGGAUGACAGCAUGUUUUCACGUUCUGAGGAGAUUUACUGUAAUGCCAAGUCGGAAGAGCAGUCGCGCAAGCAUGGUGAAAACCAUUGCAAUCAGAUGCGUUUGGCAGGAUGCCAUCCAGACAUUGAAUACCCUUCAGUCAAAUGCUGAGACGCUGGCCAAAAUUGCCAGCACCCGGGAUUCCAGGCGCCAUCUGAACAUACCGCACAUGAUAAACUACUUGAAACGAUGUGAUAUAGAGGUUCCUGACCUUGAAAAACUGUCGGUUAUUCAUAUCAGUGGCACAAAAGGCAAAGGGUCAACCAGUGCAUUCUGCGAGAGCAUUCUUCGUCACCAUGGUUACAAGACAGGCAUGUUCAGCUCUCCCCACCUGGUGACUGUGAAUGAGAGGUUCCGCCUGAAUGGGAGGCCGGUUGCUAAGGACUUGUUCAGCCAAUACUUCUGGGAAGUGUACAAUAAGCUGGAAGCCACCAAGUACCAAGUUAAAGGCGAUCCUGAUGCCCGUGAGAUGCCAGCGUACUUCUCCUUCCUCACCGUCAUGGCUUGCCACAUGUUCCUCGAGGAAGACGUUGACGUGGCCAUCUUUGAAGUUGGCAUCGGUGGAGAAUAUGAUUCUACCAAUUUCCUCCAGGCCCCAGUUGUGUGUGGAGUUACCUCCCUUGGAUUAGAUCACACAUCAGUCCUCGGAGACACAAUAGACAAGAUUGCUUGGCAGAAAGCAGGGAUUUUCAAACGUAAUGUUCCUGCAGUCACAGUUCCCCAACCAGCAGCAGCCAUGAAUGUGCUUCUCAACAGAACGAAAGAGAAGGGGGCUAGUCUGUACGUGACGCCGUCCCUGGACUCGUACACCAGUGGCAGGGAGCCCGUCCACCUCGGUAUUGCUGGCAACAUGCAGCAGUUUAAUGCCACCCUAGCAAUGCAGCUCUGUCGGAUAUGGAUGGACAACCACAAGAAAGAUUUAUCAAAGAGAAAGUGGAUUUGUGAUCAGUCGGAACUCCAUGAAUGGGAAAAGAUUCCAAAAUUGGAUAGCACAGUCCUCACAGAAGAAAUGAGGAAUGGUUUGUCCAAGUGCUACUGGCCUGGCCGUAACCAGAUUUUGAGUCGACCUGGUGUGACAUAUUACAUGGAUGGAGCUCACACCAUUGAGAGCAUACAGCAGCAGUGUAUGGAAUGGUUCCAGCAAGCAUCCAAGAAAGAAGCCUCUAAACACAAAGGGCGAGUUUGUCGUAUUCUAGUCUUCAAUGCAACCCGAGAUCGCAACUCCACAGCAUUGUUGUCAAUAUUAAAGCCUUUGAAUUUUGAUGCUGCAGUGUUUUGUCCAAACUUGGCCUUCACAGGAAACGUGGGCAACGCACCAGACCAAAUAAACAGAACCGUCACCAAAGAAAAACAGCUCAACUACUCGCUGGUCAAUAAGGAAAUCUGGGACCACAUCAACGCUCACAGUAAAGACGUACCACCGGCAUCUAGCCACAACUCCACAAGCGAUAACCCUGAGCUCAUCGACUCUGCACUGCACAAUGGGGCGUUGAAUUCCGACCAGAUUGAUCUCAACAGUAACAACUGCAAUUCCAAAGACCUCCCCUCGGAGGGCAGUGCCGAGUCCCAUGCCUUCCCUUGUAUCCUCCAGGCGUUGUUUUGGGCGGGGCAGGGGCGCGACACCACGGUCAAGCUGCCUGCUGAUGUAGACAUUCCUCCAGUAUCAGACAAGCUGCAAGGCAGCGCUCACAUACAGAUAUUAGUCACGGGGAGCAUGCACUUGGUGGGGGGUGCACUGGGGCUGCUCAACCCAGAGCUGUGGUAAUGAAGAUUUUCACUAGCCAACAACAAAUUUCCUCUCUGGAUCUUUUGGAAAAAAAUUAGAAUGAAUAUUUUAUAUUUUUAAUGACUUUUAUUGCUUUGAAAUGGUUGAAAAUUUCAUUGUUGAAAUUGUGUUGAUGUUUCAUAAAUUAAUUGAAUAUAAAAGAAUAGCAGUGAUUUUCAAGACUGAGAGAAGAGUAACCUGUGGCUCUGUCUUUCUUAAUAUUCAUUUAUAUAUGGCUAAAAAAAAUGAUAGCCUUGGUUCUCAGGCACCGCCCGCAUCAUCAUUAAGUUCGUCGCACGUUUUGUUUAUAUUUCAAUUAUUAAAAAUAUAUGUAUAAAAAAUCCGUAAAUAUUCCAAGUCCAACUUGUAUUCCAGUACCGGUAUCAAGGAAUACAUUUAUGUAGGGAGGCCCUUUUUGGUUACAUACAAGUUUGUACAACCCAUUCCCCCCCCCC